CCUCGCACCUCUCAUCUCAACAGAAAAGUUCGUUGCCCCCAAAUUUUUCAAACCUCCAUUAAUUAAUAAAUAAGCCUAAUCCUCUUUUUUUAAUCUUAAUCAAAUUAUUUUAAUUAAGAAAAAGCUUUUAAGUGUCGUCCCCUCCGAAAAAGAGGAGGAAGCACAGAAACCUAAAAGCUUUCACCGUAUUAUUUUACCUCUCUCUCUCCUUUCCUUUUUCCUUUCAUGGCCAAAAUGGAACCAAUCAGCUUCUCUCUGGCCAUCAGAUCUUCUUGAAGCUGCGUUCUAGUUUCCUGAUUCUGAUUCUGCAACUUCUUCUUCUUCUUCUUUUAAUCUCCUUUCGGUUUUUGAAUUUCUCCGUCCGUGUAAAUCAAUUCGAGAGAGAGAGAGAAUGGCUCAAUCCUGCCUUAAAAUCGUUCGAAUCAACAAUCUCAGGAAUAGAGUGAACCGUCGGAUUUUGAUUCUCCGUCGAUUCACGCGGCUGCUAUGGAGCAGAAUCGUCGCUUGCGCUCCCGGGAAAUCACGGAGGUAUCUGUUGCUGACUCGCGCCACGCCGUCUCCGAACGUCUCUCGUCCUCAGCCUCCUCCGAUCCCCGCCGUGGAGGUCGGUGUUGAUGAUUUCGUACGCCACGCACCGGUUUACGACCACGAUAACAGCCACCGGAGAUCGGACUCUGAUCUGGUUUCUCUGAAGAUCAGCCUCUUGGGAGAUCCCGAAAUCGGAAAAACUAGCUUCCUGGCGAAAUAUGUUGGUGAAGAGAAAGACGUAGAAAUGAGAGAAUUGGAGAAAGGAAUCAAUUGUACGGACAAGACAUUAUCCAUGGGAGGCGCUCGCAUAUCCUACAGUAUCUGGGACUUAGAAGGAGCUGAGAAAUCACGGGAUCAAAUCCCCAUGGCUUGCAAAGACUCUGUAGCCAUUCUCUUCAUGUUUGAUUUAACCAGUCGUUGUACACUUAACAGUGUGAUUAGCUGGUAUCAAGAAGCUAGGAAGUCUAAUCAGACGGCGAUUCCAGUUAUGGUAGGAACUAAGUUUGAUGAGUUUAUUCAGCUUCCGAUUGAUCUGCAAUGGACAAUUGCUAGCCAGGCGAGAACAUACGCGAAGGCCCUAAACGCGACGCUCUUCUUCUCGAGUGCUUCAUACAACAUAAACGUAAAUAAGAUCUUCAAGUUUGUGACGGCGAAGCUCUUUGACUUACCAUGGACGGUGGAGAGAAAUCUCACCAUCGGAGAACCAAUCAUCGACUUCUAGCAUUUUCCGAAAACGUAUUUGUAGAUAUAUUUACAAAAAGGAAGCGAAUCCGAUGUUAGCGUUUUUUUUUUUCUCAUUCACCGCCUGCCCACCGCCGUGGGACUGAUCGGAGCACCGUUUCUAGCCGUCUUUAAAGCGAAAUGGAGAUAUGAGGCGGCGGAGAUUUCGCCCGCUUUCUUCAUUAUUAUCUGUUUCUUUUUGUAAAACAAACAGCAAAAAAGGAAAAAACAGAGAAAAAUGGUAUCGAGAGAAAAGUAGCAGGAAAAAAAAAGAGAGAAGGUGAAUUUUUUUUUUCUUAUUCUUUUUGUAAUUUUCCGCUUUCGAUCACCACUGGAGAAUUUUGGUUCCAGUAAAAUUUAAAUAGUAAAUACCAUUUCGCUUUUGAGUUUUAACCUGAAUUGAUAUCGAUUUUUACUCGCAUCUAUAGACUACAGAGUUUCAAGCUCAGAAAUUCUCAAAUUUGAACUAUAUAACAUGGAAAAAAUGGA